AUGGAAGAUUCGACAAAGAAACCUUCUACCUCCGAAAUUCUAGAGAUGAAAGAUGUUCAAACUGGGGUCAUGACAGAUCUUGAUGAGGGUGAAGUCUUUCUCCACCAGCAUGGAUUCACCCAUGAAACCGUUCAGGCGCUUUUGGACGAUGAACCACGCAACAAAUCUCUAGUUCGCAGAGUGGACCUUGUGCUUCUACCACUUCUUGCAGGCACAUACACACUUCAGUACAUAGACAAAUCAGCUCUGGCCUACUCCGCCGUAUUUGAUCUCUUAUCUUCAACUCAUAUGACAAGCAAUGAGUACAGUUGGCUAGCAAGCAUUUUCUACUUUGCCUACCUGGUUGCUGAAUACCCAUGGAAUAUUCUUGCUCAGAGAACAAAACUGGCCAGAGUUGUUUCUGGGAAUGUGAUCGCCUGGGGUGCCAUGCUAAUGAUUACGGCUUCUUGCUCUUCAUUCACCGGAAUCGCGAUUUGUCGAUUUCUUCUCGGGAUAUUUGAAGCACCCAUUACCCCAUGUUUUAUGAUGAUUGUGGGCAUGUGGUACACACGCUCCCAGCAGCCUUUUCGAGCAGGUGUAUUUUAUAGCUGCAAUGGACUCGGUGCUGUUAUCGGUGGUGUAUUGACAUUUGGGAUUGGCCAAAUUAAAACCAUCGCAGUCUGGAGAGCUAUCUACCUUAUUCUGGGAGGCAUCACUGUGCUUUGGGGUAUUUUGAUGCUUGUCUUCUUGCCAGACAAUAUCGUCUCCGCGAAACGGUUCACGCUGGAAGAUAAGGCUCUACUAAUAGGUCGCAGUCGACUUGGCCGAACUGGUGUGAUUAACCAUCGAAUUAAAUGGUAUCAGAUCCGUGAAGCGUUGGUUGACCCACAAGUGUGGAUCUUAUUCUUGUUUACUCUACUGAAUGAGACCAUUAACGGUGGGAUUGCAAAUUUCAGCAAGCUUAUCAUCAAAGGCUUGACUGAUGACGCUCUCACAACAGUUGCUCUAGCUAUCCCGAUGGGUGGGUUUCAGAUCUUCUAUGUUCUUGGAGGAACAUUCCUUGCGUCGCGCUUCCGCAAUAUUCGGACUAUAGUCAUGGUGUUAUAUCUUGUUCCAACAAUUGUUGGUGUCUGUUUGAUGUGGAAGAUGAAUCAUGAAACAAACAAGAUUGGUGUGCUUUUUGGUUACUAUAUCUGUGGAGCCUAUGUGUGCUCUUUAGUACUCGCUUUACAGAUGCCUGCCACGAACCUAGGCGGCUAUACCAAGCGCAGUACCGGGGUGGCCUUGGUAUUCCUCGCUUAUUGUGCUGGCAAUAUCAUCGGCCCUCAUGCAUUCUUGUCUACAGAAGCACCGAUAUAUCAAACUGGCUGCAAGGUCAUUAUUGCCUGUGCGGCUGGUCAGGCAGUUCUUGCUGUUUGUCUUCGAUUAUUGCUGGUCUCUCGGAAUAAAAGGAGAGAUGCACUCGCUAGUAGUGAAUCUCUUCAGGGGUUAUCUGAGGCUGAUGAGAUUACUGAUUUGACCGAUUUCGAGAACCCUAAUUUUCGAUAUGUAUUUUGA